UUACUUAUUUAUUUUUUUUUGUAAUGGCUGCGCAAAAAAAAAGCCAAAAAUAGAAUUUAUUGUGCUUCUAUUUAUAUCUUCACUCCAUUUAUAUAUAUCAAAGAAAACAGCCAUUAUCAAACACUUUCACAUAUUGACUUAGUUUUCCAUAACAUAUUACAAUCUAUUCUAAUUAAUUAUACAGGAUGUUUCCAUUUGGUAUAGAUUUCGGUAAUAGUUCUACAGUUGUUUCAUGUUUUAGAAAUGGUGCUGUUCAUGUAGUUCCAAAUGAAGUAUCUCACCGCGCUACCCCUACAUUAGUUGGAUUUGGAUCUGAAAUCAGGCAAAUUGGUGAAAAUGCUAAAGCUCAACAAAUGUUUAAUCUUACUAAUACUGCUGGUAAUUUGAAAAGAUUAUUGGGACUGGAGCCGGAGGAAUUGAAAAUUGUGAGAGGAGAAGAUAAUUGGAUGGAAUGUUAUUCAGGUGGUGAUGAUAUUGAUGUUCAUUUUAAUUAUCGUAGUAAAGUUCGUAUAUUCUCAGCCACUCAAUUAUGUGCCAUGUAUUUCAAUAAAUUAAAGACAAAUGCAUUGAAAGAGACUGGACUGCCAAUGACUCAAGUUUGUAUAUCGGUUCCCAUGUGGUAUACUCAAAAGCAAAGAACUGCAAUUUUGAACGCAUGUAUUAUUGCAGAUAUAAGAGGAGUUAGAUUAGUCAAUGAACUUACUGCAGCAGCGGUUGGGUAUACAGCAUUUAAUGUGGCUGAAUUUCCAAAUGGUAACCAACCCAAGAUAGUAGCUUUCAUAGAUUUGGGUCAUACUUCUUAUCAAGUGGCUAUUGCCGCUAUUCGUAAAGAUAAAGUCGAUAUUCUUGGUUGUGCUUACGAUAAGAAUCUUGGUGGAAGGGAUUUUGAUCAUGAGAUCGUAGAAUAUAUAAAGAGUCUUCAUCCAGAGUCUGAUUUCAGUGACGUCAAAUUUUUAUUUAGAGCUUUGAAAUCAGCUGAGAAAUUGAAAAAGUUAUUAUCAGCUAAUAACAGUACUAAUACAACUAUUGAAGCUUCUGAUGGUAGUAAAGAUCUUUAUAUAGUUAUGGAGAGGAAAGAUUUCGAAGAGUUAAUAGUGAGUAAAGUAUUGCAAGGUUCUAGACUAGAAAAUCCUAUUGUACAAGCUCUUUCUAUGGCUGGUCUUAAAAGAGAACAAGUACAAUCUAUUGAAGUUAUUGGUGGUAGUGCUAGGAUUCCUUAUAUAAGAAAGAAAUUAACAGAAUUCUUUGGAAAACCAUUAUCAUCUACCUUAAAUCAAGAUGAAGCCAUUACAACUGGUAAUACCUAUAUAGCUGGCAUGUCAUCUAGGAAACAACAAAUAACAAUAGUAGACGGACCAUUUACCGAUGUUUCAUUUCAAUCACGUAAACAAGAGUUUGCUAGUAUUAAAGCCAUUUCUGAUCAUGAUAUUAAACCGGUCGCAGAUCUCAAACAAAUGGAUAUUGAUAAUGAACACAAAGUUAUAGAGGCAAAACAACAUAAUGUUAGCUUUUGUGAAUGGACUACUCCAGAAUAUAUUGGGACUAUUAGGCUUCAAUUCAAUAUAAAUGAAUCAGGAUUAUAUACAGUAGAAGUAUGUCCUAGUUUUGAAAAACCUGAUGUUUUUGAAAUGAUUCCGCUGACAUUUGAAUUAACCAAUCUAAAGGAGCUUAAAAAUAUUGAAAAGAAAUUGAUUUUAGAAGAUGAAUCAGUUUUAGAGAAUGAAAAUAUGAAAAAUGCCCUUGAAGAAUAUAUUUAUGAUUUCAGAGAGAAAUUAGAUGGAGUUUAUCAAAAUUGGGUUGAUGAAAAUGAGAAACAAGAAUUACUAAGUUUAUUAUCCUUAAAGGAAAAUUGGUUAUGCGAUGAAGGAAGUAAUAAAUCAAAGGAAGUAUAUGAAAAAGAAUAUGGACAAUUAGCAAUUAGGGGAGAUAAAAUUAGAAACAAACAUUUGAUUUAUGAACAUAAUAGGCGUAAAUCAUAUUUAGAAAAAGUGGCAGCUUCUAUGAAUGGUAGGGAUCGUACCGUGGUGUAACCCAUUUUGCUGAUUUAUUAUUUUGUAAUUAUAUACAUUUAUUACACACACAACUCCGUUUUCAUAGCCUUUUUUAUAGUUAUAAAUAUAUGUUAUAUGUAACCAUUAAUCUUCGUCGGUAAUACGUUCAUAUUUCCUAAUUGAGCUAUGAGCGGAAUUGGGCUAUGAUCUGAGGUCGUGUUGAUACCAAGAAUUAAUAAGCAUUUUUGUAAUUUGUAUAAUAAAACAUAAAAUGGUGAUGCUGAUUUUAACCAGUUACUAGGUAUAUAUACUAAUCCAGUUGUCUUCACUUCAAUAAUUCAUCUUUUUCUGUAGUAGUACAACUUACUUGGCAUUUUACUGUUUUUAUAAUCAUUGAUAAGUUACUUUAAUUUAAUACUAUUUCAAUUUAUAUAUUCUGAAGUGGUGUAGUGUACGUAACAAAACCUGCA